UGGAGCCCCGCUGGUGACGGGUCUGAAAGCACGUGGCUACGUCACGGAAAGCCAGUCUUUUCAAUGCAAACUUCAACUCCUCCUCCUCCUCCUCUUCCCCCUCCUCCUCCCUCUAAUGCCUGUAACUCACAUCCGAGACUGGGCGAGGAAUCCGGAGGGGAGAUUCUCAUGCUCACGGUGGUUGGAAACUGGAAGCGGGAGAGGCCGGAGGAAGGGGAUUCACGGCGUUCUCUGCCUACUACGAGACUGACCAGGGGAGGGGGCGCCUAGAUCCGCAUCUGUUCUUCGUGGGAAUUCAGAACCGCAGGUUCAAUCCGAUCCCAAUGAACACUGGAGAUUGAUCAUUUAAAAAAAAAUCGACACUGGAGAGGGGAGGCUCUGUCUUCGGCUGUCGAUCUCGGAGGUGGUAGUGGUGUGUGAGUGUGUGUGGUGUUUUUUCUUUUCUUUUCUUUUUUCUUUCUUUCCUCCCCCUUUUUUCUCCUUCUCUCCUAGGGGCUCCACAAUGGCAGUCUUCUCUCAGUAAGAUGAAUCCUGCUUCGCUUCUGCUGAUCCGCCCAUCCUCAUAGCGAUGAAGUAAAAGGCUAUGGUUUUCUCCCUGAUUAGUUUUGCUCUCAGUGGGAUUUCUUUGCUUUUUUGUUUGGCUUCAUGCUGAAAAAGGAUUUUCCCCCCAACCUUCUGGUAAUAAUCCAGUGGUGAGCGAAGCGGGGAUAAAUCAUUCACCCUGGCCGAGAAAAAACAAUCGCUGAGAAGUCUCAAAGAAAUAUACCACGUGAGGGGAAAAAACUGGGAGAAGAUCCGGAAUAUUAUCGUUUUUCCUAUGGUAAAACCGGUGCCCCUCUUCAGGAGAACUGAUUUCAAAUUAUUAUUAUGCAACCACAAGGAUCUCUUCUUUCUCAGGGUGUCUAAGCUGCUGGAUUGCUUUUCGCCCAAAUCAAUGUGGUUUCUUUGGAACAUUUUCAGCAAAGGAACGCAUAUGCUGCAGUGUCUUUGUGGCAAGAGUCUUAAGAAAAACAAGAACCCAACUGAUCCGCAGCUCAAGGGUAUAGUGACCAGGUUAUACUGCAGGCAAGACUACUACUUGCAAAUGCACCCCGAUGGAGCUCUCGAUGGAACCAAGGAUGACAGCACCAAUUCCACACUGUUCAACCUCAUCCCGGUGGGGCUGCGUGUCGUCGCCAUCCAGGGUGUGAAGACAGGGCUGUACAUAGCCAUGAAUGGAGAAGGUUACCUCUACCCCUCAGAACUUUUUACCCCUGAAUGCAAAUUUAAAGAGUCUGUUUUUGAAAACUAUUAUGUAAUCUACUCAUCCAUGCUGUACAGACAACAGGAAUCUGGUAGAGCCUGGUUUUUGGGAUUAAAUAAGGAAGGGCAAGUUAUGAAAGGGAACAGAGUAAAGAAAACCAAACCAGCAGCUCAUUUUCUACCCAAGCCAUUGGAAGUUGCCAUGUACCGAGAACCAUCUUUGCAUGAUGUUGGCGAAACGGUCCCGAAAACUGGGGUGACGCCAAGUAAAAGCACAAGUGCAUCGGCAAUAAUGAAUGGAGGAAAACCAGUCAACAAGAACAAGACCACAUAGCCAGAUCCUCACAGGUGGUGUGACUUUCUCAAGCCGAGCACAGUUGAGUGAUUUAUCCUUUCCAGACAUUCCUCUCCCAGGCCCAGGAACAGCAGCAGGGGGCACAUGAAUGCUUUCCCGU